AUGGCCAUGACCGGCUUCUAUCGAACUAUGAUCCGACCUCGCACCUCCCGACCUCUGAGCAUGCUCAAAUACGAUCCAGUGGUCAAGCGGCAGGUGUUAUUUCUGGAGCAGAAGCGUGUCAUUCUCAAGAUGUUGAUAGUGGCUGCUACCCUUCACAUUGGAAGAGAGGAUGCAUACUGCCUUGUGACCGCCAUGAUUCAAGUCGGACUGAGCCAAGUGGGAACUGCCAUCUGCACCCUCACGGUCGCCAAGGUCGAAGGGCGCUUCAGGUGGUAUGUGUAG